UCGUCGUUGUCGUCAACGCCGCCGCUUGCUGCUCGCAAGUGUGCUCUCCUCUUCCCCAUGGCGGGGCUCAUUUCUCCUAAACCUCUCUCUUAUAUGCAGCAAUUGCAGUACAACCCGUACCAGCGCGGCAUCGCCGCGUAUUCGGACUCGCCUGUCAAUUCCCUUGGGCCCCUCACGCAUACCACCCACCCUUUCGCCAGUCACGCCCCAGGAGUUGGUCUCGGCGUACACGAAGAGAGUAAAAUAUAUGGUCUUGUUAUCGAUUUGCUAGACUCAAACACUCGCGAGACUGCGCUUCUCGAGCUGAGCAAGAAGAGGGAGCAAUACGACGACCUCGCAUUAGUGCUAUGGCACUCGUUUGGUGUCAUGCCCGCACUCCUCCAAGAGAUUGUUUCAGUCUAUCCUCUCCUUACACCGCCCAAUCUCACCGCCCACGUCUCCAACCGCGUCUGCAACGCUCUGGCCCUCUUGCAGUGUGUAGCCUCUCAUUCGGACACCCGUCAGCUUUUUCUUAAUGCCCACAUCCCCCUUUUCCUCUACCCGUUUCUCAACACCACCUCGAAGACCCGUCCAUUCGAGUACUUGCGUCUCACCUCCCUCGGUGUCAUCGGCGCUCUCGUGAAGCAAAACGAUAACAACACCGUUAUUCACUUCCUUCUGUCCACGGAAAUCAUCCCGCUCUGCUUGCGCAUCAUGGAGACGGGCUCCGAACUCUCCAAGACAGUCGCCAUCUUCAUUGUGCAGAAGAUUUUGCUGGACGAGACCGGGCUCACGUACAUCUGUCACACCUACGAGCGCUUCUACGCCGUCGGGACUGUGCUCAGCAACAUGGUCAACCAGCUCGUGGAGACGCAGGCUGUGCGGCUGUUGAAGCACGUUGUGCGAUGCUAUCUUCGGCUGAGUGACAACCUAAGAGCCAGGGAGGCGCUCCGACAAUGUCUGCCGGAACCAUUGCGUGAUAAUACGUUUAGUGCGUUGCUCAAGGGUGACAUGGUCACGAAGAGAUGCUUGACUACCCUGCUCAACAACCUGAACGAAUAAUGUUGGCAUCUAGGCCCAUCAAAAGUCAAACAAGGCAGACUUCACUAAUAUCCACCCUCUCACGCUUGUAGCUUAUAUAUACCUCGCUUGUUUCACUACAAUUUCUGUAGAGUGUCCUCACGCUUACCCUCGUCGCCCAUUACACCGUAUCAUUUUUGCCAUAAGGACAGUCGGGAAUGCAGUGCGCAGUGCCAUUAGCAUACGUAUGAUUAGUACAGUACAUUGUCCGGAAUAUAUAUCUGCAUGGGUCUUGUACAUUGCGCAAAUAACAUCCCAGCUUGGGUUACCGGUGGAACG